AUGGACUUCCAAGAGCCAAUCUCCUUCCAAAUCAUCCUGACCUCAUCCUUUUAUAACCAUUGCUGGACGCAAGAUCUGGGCUCUUCUUGGCUUGGUGAAGUUCAGACUCUCUGGGAUAGCAAGAAUGGUGCUUCCAUUUUCAUGUGGCCUUGGUCCACUGGUCACUUCAGCAAGGAGCAGCUCACAGAGCUGGAAAGGAUACUCCAUACAAACUCCAUGAGAUUUCUUCAGAUAAUUCAUGACAGUGUCAGUGAUGGGCAGCUUGAAUGUGAAUUCACCACCCUCGAGGGUGGGAUAGAAGAGGCAGGUCUGUGUGUGUCCUUGGAUCCUUCCUCAUCAAGGAAAGAGCCUCCACUGUUCUCCUAUGACCACCCGUUUCCCUGGCCUCCAACCAGGCACCUCUGGUCCUCACUCUAUCCCUUCCAAGUACAUGGCAGAAGCUGUGAGCUAUAUGUUGGGGAACCAUCAGUAGGCUUUGCCCAGAUUGUUUACCAAGGAUCAGAUUUCCUGAGCUUCUAGAACAUGUCAUGAUCCCAUCUCCAAAUGGAGGAAGUAGGGCUCAACAGGUCUGCAAACAAUUGACUCAGUUCUAUAUCAUUCACAAAUUAGUACACACACUCCUCUAUGACACUUGCCCUGGGUUCCUGCUGAGUCUCUCUGAAGCAGGGAAGGUGAAACUCCAGCUACAAGGUCAGUCCUGCUCCCUCCCUCCAAGUAUUCUGCAUUCUACACUCAGAAAUCUGCACCAUGCCCUCAAAUUCAGGGUAAGAAAGAGCCAUGAGAGAGAGAGGAUGAUGGUGACAGUUCUAGAGGUGGAAAGGUGUGUCUAUCCAAAGUGAUGGCAUUCAAAUUGGC